AUGACUGAGCAGGGCUCCGUCGUCACGACACUUAUGCCGGCCCCCGUCGUCACGACACCUAUGCCGGCCCCCGUCGCCCUUACACCUAUGCCGGCCCCCGUCGUCCUUACACCUAUGCCGGCCCCCGUCGUCCUUACACCUAUGCCGGCCCCCGUCGUCCUUACACCUAUGCCGGCCCCCGUCGUCCUUACACCUAUGCCGGCCCCCGUCGUCCUUACACCUAUGCCGGCCCCCGUCGUCCUUACACCUAUGCCGGCCCCCGUCGUCCUUACACCUAUGCCGGCCCCCGUCGUCCUUACACCUAUGCCGGCCCCCGUCGUCAAGACACCUACUCCAGUUACAGGGAGACCGAGUGAAUACACAUACUGUCUAGUGCUCUACUUCCAUCUACAACCUUGA